AAUUUGGGAGUUCAUUGAAAAGGAAGGCCCUAUGCUAUGAUGAGUUAGAGAAGCGAGAGAGGGAGUAGAAUCAAUGGAGAACAUUGGUAGCGGUGUGGAGUGGACACAAUGGCUGUGGGGUGCGGCUACUGCUGCUCAACUCGGAUGGGGUCUACGUUCCUACACUCAAGGCUUUACAGGCGAUUCUCGCUUCAUGCCUGUCAAGGCCUUCGCCGUCGCUUCUCUCUUCGUCGGCAGCGCCGCCUCCGCCUCCGUCCUCAUCCUCCGAUCUAACGGCAUUCACAAGGUGGACGACCUCAUUGAAGCUGGUGCAAAUUUAAGAGCAAAACUUGGGUUGCCUCCACGUAAACAGGAUAACAUGUUUAUUUGGUUAGGUAUAUGGAUGAUUCACGACAAAAGGCUAAGUCAUGAGAUACAACAAUUAGUUGGUUAGGAUUUCUUCUGGAGGCCAUUGAAAAGUUCAUGAGGUGAUGGUUUUGAACCGUGGAGAUUUUGCAUCAACAAUCAUGAGUCGGAAACACUCGCAUUGAAUUGAUCCAUGUAAUUUCCAAUUUAAUUAUAUCAAUGCUGUUUAAUUAGUUAUAUUGUUAAUUGUGUUGAAUUGAUAACAUUAUUUUGUAUUUGCAUAUCAAGUGUAAUAUACAUACCAGGCACAGGGAAAAAAAGAAAAUGUCGUCUAUGUUUCAUCACAAUGAAUUGCUGCUGUCUUGGCGCAUUAUCCUUGUAUCGAAUUUUUCUGAUAAGAUUAUAAAGAAAAGUAAAAUAAAACCACAUGUAAUAAGUCAUU